GGUGACGUAUAAUGUGCGCGCAGCAGACGAGGCAGAAACAUGUACCAUAACAGUACGCAGAGGAAGCACUGGACUUUUCACAGCGAGGACGAGCUGCAGCGGCUCAGGGUCCAGGCUAAUAACCGCUGCCGGGCGAGGAUACGAGCGACGGGGCAGGCUCAUCUGUGUGAUAUAUUUAAUCUGGACCCUCAUGAAGAGUUAACCAUUUGUAAAUACUAUGAGAAGAAGCUUCUGGAUUUCUGUAAUGCCUUCAAGCCGGCCAUGCCUAAGUCAGUACUGGGAACGGCUUGUAUGUACUUCAAACGCUUCUACCUCAAUAAUUCAGUCAUGGAGCAUCAUCCACGUAUUAUAAUGUUGACCUGUGCGUUCCUGGCUUGUAAAGUAGAUGAAUUCAAUGUAUCCAGUGUCCAGUUUGUGGGGAACCUGCAAGAAAACCAAGAAAAUGUCCUUGAACAAAUCUUGGAGUAUGAAUUGCUGCUUAUCCAACAGCUGAAUUUCCACCUCAUUGUGCACAAUCCAUAUCGACCAUUUGAAGGAUAUUUAAUUGAUAUAAAGACUCGAUAUCCACUGCUGGAUAAUCCUGAAAUGUUAAGGAAAAAUGCUGAUGACUUCUUGCACCGGGUUGCUCUGACUGAUGCCUGCUUACUGUUCACACCAUCAAUAAUCGCUCUAACAGCCAUUUUAUCCAGCGUGUCCAGAGCAGGACUUAAUAUGGAAAGUUAUCUAUUGGAAUGUCUGUCACUUAAGGACAAUCGAGAAACCAUGACACAUUUACUGGAUGGCAUGAGACGACUUAAGAUCCUGGUGUCCAAAUAUGAAUUUGCCAGGCCUGAAGAAGUUGCUUUGAUGGAAAAAAAAAUGGAAAAGUGCUACAGCUCUGAAGCUUCCUCUGCUGGCAAUGUGAGAAAAAGAAAAGGUUAUGAAGAUGAUGGAUAUAUUUCAAAAAAGUCCAAAACGGAAGAGGAGUGGAGUGAUGACGAUCUUGUGGACUCUCUCUAGUGGCUCCGCAGACCAUCAUGUUACUUUGUGUACAUAAUUUUAUACUUUCUUGUGGACAAAUAUUUAAUGUGUUUCUAUUUUCGAGUGCACUAAAAUAAACCUGCAUA